AUGGCGAAUGAAGCCAGCAAGUUGGACGUUCGCGUUCUUCAACAGCCGCAUCUUCCAAUCUUUUCCCGAGUCUACCGGGGCGCCGUCAUUUACGCACUCCAAAUACUCGGAGCGCCGGUAAACUGGUUCCAAGACUGGGCCUAUCCCCCGGAAAUCCCUCCGAACUAUGUAAAAACAUAUCCGUGUCGACCAUCUUUACCAAUUAGGGUCUUUUUCCCCAAGUCCUACGACCCCGAAACAUCCAAGGCGCCUCUACCGACCAUAUUUACUAUUCACGGCGGCGGGUUCUGUCUCGGUCGCAUAAAUGAUGAUGAUGCAUGGAAUGCGCAUUUCGCCAAUAUGCACAAUGUGCUUGUAGUCGCCCUCAACUACCGUAAAGCCCCGUCUUAUCCUUUCCCGACCGCAACCUACGAUCUCGAGGCCCUUAUCCUAGCAUCAUUUGACGAUGACAACCUUCCGAUCGACAAGACCCGUAUAGCGAUCGGUGGCUUCUCUGCAGGUGGUAGCUUGACCCUCAGUGUAUGCCAGCUACCUUCGAUCCGAGAAAAGGUUAGGCCCUCGGCCGCUGUACCGAUAUACGCCGUUGUAGACAAGACCAUUCCCUCGGAAGUUAAAGUCAAGACGCGAUACUACAAGCCCGGCCUCGGCCCGGGUAUACGCUCUGCGCCGGUUGAUUUCCUGGCGAAUCUAUCUCCAUUAUUCCUAUGGAGCUAUAUUGAGCCCGGCUCUAAUAUAGCAGAUCCGUUGCUCUCGCCAUACUUCGCUCCUCGAAAUACCCUGCCUCCGCAUAUCUUUUUUAUCGGAACGGAACUAGAUCAACUCGCACAUGAAACUUGGUCCAUGGCGAGUAAACUGGCGGGACGACCGGAGCCGUCGUUAACGGAUAUCGUAGGCCAGGAGAAGCUAGGACCAGGAGAGGGGGAGCUUAUUUUAGACGAUGAGAGGUUCGCGUUCGAGCAUGUCGAGGACGAAGGGAGGAGUAGCGUACGAUGGUUACUGAUACCCAAUCAAGUCCACGGAUUUGAUCAUCUACCGCCUCGGUGGCUUGGGCAAGAAGGCUUAGAAGAUGCGAAGUUGAAAGAGGCAGCGUAUCAGAAAAUUAUUGGAGAGUGGCUGCUUGGAUUUGUAUGGAAAUAA